AUGGAGAAGAUUGACGCGCACCAUCCAGUUGAAGCAUACCUGGACGAAGACAGAACGCCUGGCAAGGGACAGAGGAUUGCAGGAGUUUUCUAUGACGUCAUGCAAAGAACUGUACAACGCAUACAACUUUCUCACGACGAAAGCAAAAGGUCCAGCGUGAGUCAGCUGGUUACGCUCCUCAUUGACUCAAAACCAAUUCCUGUUCUCUGUCACAUGGGAGAUUUUGGAUGUGGAGAUGAAGGAUGGACGCCGGUCAUGAAGAUUGACGGCAACAAGAUCUGUCUUGGUAUGAAGAUCGGCAAUCAGAUCAAGUUCAUUGUCAUCAACAAGAAGGCCAUCUCUCUGUACUCAUUGAUCGCUGACGGGCAAUACCGCGCCACCUCACUGGGUCGUAACAUGUGGAGGUCACUGAUUGGUUCACAAGCCUCCUUACAGAACGACUGUAACAAGGAAGGAUUCAAUGCUGCAGGUAGCGUUCAGGGCUAUUCUAAAGCAAGAAUCGGCUUCCUAGGUAACAAUGGAGACGUGUGCAACACCCCUGACUCGAGAAUCGGGUUUGGUACAGGAGGAUAUCAUGAUGACUCCAACACGUGUGGAAACGAGGCUGUAGAUCACCCGAGUUCAGAUAAUGGAGGCAAACACAUCAAAGCCAUGGGUUAUAUCUUAGUCCAGUGA